GGUGAUACGAAAGGAAAGAAGUGAUCUGUAACAAAGGCCGGAAUACAAAAUUACAUUUAAGAAUUUUAUUGCUGGUACAGUGUUUAAUUUGGGUUUUAACACUAUGCUGGGUAUCCAUGUGGCCGACACGCAGACACUGAUGCAGUGUUUUCAUGUGCACACGACCCACCGCAGUCUUUCAACUGCAGUUCCAGCUUUGAGGUCGUCUUCCUGCUUUGAGGCGAAGAACAAUAAACAGAGCGAGGCUUUUACACAGAGUCUCACAAGAGGCUGGAGGAAACAGGAGGAGUUCAUCAUGACUUCGCCUUGGUGCAUCUCAGUGUGCUCAUAACUGAAAAGGCCUGUGAAGAUGAAUUUGGCAUUCGCUCUCGUUUUCGUUCAGCUCUUUGAAGCCUAUGCAGAGUUGAUCUUCAGGCGUCUGACGGAGAACCAGUCCCUGGAGCUCUCCUGCUCCCUGCGGCGGGACCCCCGCAGCCUGAGGGGCCUCCACCUGUACCACCGCGGUGCCCGGAGCCAGACCACCCUGCUGUCCAUGGCCGAGGGCGGCGAGCUCAGGGUGGACCCGCAGCACCGCGGGCGUCUGCAGCUCUGCGGAGGACUGGACUCCCUGCAGGUCAAUGUGACCAUAUCCCACUUGGAGCACGGUGACACAGGACUGUACAUGUGGGAGCUGAGCUACAGAGAGGACGACAGCCCCGACCUCACCCCCAGCGCCGAGAAGGUGUUCUUGCUGGUUGAAGGAGCCGGGAGGCCGUGCCAGUGCUCUACCAGUUACCCCCCUUUGCUCGGGACCCUCUGCGCUGCGGCAGGGCUUGUUGUGCUCACACUCAGUUGUCUGGCCACAGAGAAAUGUUUGAGGACGAGGCCACAUCAUCACAGGCCACAAUCUCCUGUUCCCAUCUACGAGGAAAUGGCCAGGAAGCAGCAGAGCGCCGCAACCCCCCAAAAUAACCAGGAGGCCCCCUCACACCUGGAGGAAGACAACUUCCCCGUGUACGCCAACCCCAACAUCCGACAACCGCAAGACAACUACUACGCCUGCCCCAGACAGCUCGCCCUCAGGGCCUGACGUGACUUUGGGCUUUGAACUAAUGGCGCAGAAAACACAGACAGGAAGCGACGCACGCUCUGCUGCAAAAACACGGCCCGAGAGCUGCCGAGCAACACACACACACACACACACACACACACACACACACACACACACACACACGGCGACCCGUUGUCCAGGAAGUACGGAGGAUCUAUAGAGGCGAGAUGGCAAAUAAUCAAGUCACGUUUUUUUUUUAACAGCCAAGAAAAAACAAUGCUAUUUUAUUAAUAUUCAAAAGAAGCUCCAUAGUUCAUGAAAACAUUUGUUUCGGUGCAUGUCAUUUAACAAUCACAUUCUAUGAGGAGAAAGAGAUAUACAGAGAGAGAAAAAAUAAAACAUUACAAGCCACUGA